AUGAGGUGGACACAGGCCCGCCGGCACUCACCGUCCCGGGUCUCGAGGCAGGCUCUCGGGGGCGCCGCUGUCGCCGGUUCGGACCCGGCACCCCCGGGCGGAACUGCCGGCACCGCGGCCGCCGGGCGGGCUCGAGCCGGCUGCGGACAGGCGGCGGGGCGCGGGGACACUCACCUGGGCCGCACAGGCCGCACCUGCCGACCUGCGGGGCGCCGCCCCCACCCCCCCGCGGCGGCCCGCGCCCACCCGCCCCGAGCACAAAGGGACGUCGCGGGGCGGGCGGGGGAGGGCGCGGCUCGCAGGCCCGGGCCCCCGGGUGCCCCCGCUCCGGCCCCUGGACGGCGCGCGGCCCCGGGAGGCGGCGGCGGGCGCGCGCGGAGGCCCACCUGGGAGGGCGCGCUACGGGCGCGGCGCGGAGACCCCCGGCGGCGGGGCGCGGCGAGCAGGGCGGCGGGGCCGGAGCCCCCGAGCCCCGGGCCCAGCCGGCCGCGCAGCCAUGGCUCCGCCAGGAAGUGCGAGGCCGAGGCGGAGGCGGCGCGCGCGGCCAAUGGCGGCGGCCGGGAGGGGUGGGCGCAGCGGCGCGAGGCGGGGCCUGGACGCGCGGCGGGGCCGCUCUCCGGGCGGCGGGGCUGCAGCCCACCCUCGGCGCGGCGGUCCCCCGACUCGGGCCCCGCAGAGGCAAGCCCGGCUGCGUGCCGCGAGCGCCGCGGUGCCACCCGCCGGGCCGGGCUCUGGGCCGUGGAACCCCGUUUGCAGUCCCAGUGGCCCCCAGGGCUGACACACAGGAAGCGCUCGACAAAUAUUUGUGGAAUGAAUGAAUUUAACCAUUACCUGUCAAUCCAUCAAUUGUCAAAUUUAUCUCAGGCUGAAGCAUAAAUGAACUUUGAAAGCAUUACUCUAAGUGAAAGAAGCCAGACACCAAAGGCCACAAUAGCGUGUGAUUCAUGCA